CUGUUCUGGAAGACAAGGAAGAAAGAUUUUCCUUUUGGGCACCCACCACUGGCCUCAUGGCUGCCAUGCAGAUGGAUCCUGAGCUUGCCAAGCGCCUCUUCUUUGAAGGGGCCACUGUGAUUAUCCUGAACAUGCCCAAGGGGACAGAGUUUGGCAUUGACUACAACUCCUGGGAGGUGGGGCCCAAGUUCCGGGGCGUGAAGAUGAUCCCACCAGGCAUCCACUUCCUCCACUACAGCUCUGUGGAUAAGGCCAAUCCCAAGGACGUGGGUCCUCGUAUGGGCUUCUUCCUUAGCCUGCAGCAGCGGGGGCUGACAGUCCUGCGUUGGAACGCAGUCGAGGAAGAGGUGGAUCUGUCUCCAGCCCCAGAGGCUGAGGUGGAGGCCAUGAGGGCCAACCUCCAGGAGCUGGACCAGUUCCUGGGACCAUACCCAUAUGCCACGCUCAAGAAGUGGAUUUCCCUCACCAACUUCAUCAGUGAGGCCACGGUGGAGAAGCUGCAGCCUGAGAGCCGGCAGAUCUGUGCCUUCUCAGACGUGCUGCCUGUGCUCUCCAUGAAGCAUACCAAGGACCGGGUAGGACAGAAUCUACCCCAGUAUGGCACUGAGUGCAAAAGCUACCAGGAGGGCCUGGCUCGACUACCUGAGAUGAAGCCCAGAGCUGGCACGGAGAUCCGAUUCUCAGAGCUGCCUACACAGAUGUUCCCUGAUGGUGCCACACCGGCAGAGAUAACCAGGCACAGCAUGGACCUGAGCUAUGCCUUGGAGACAGUGCUCAGCAAGCAGUUCCCCAGCAGCCCCCAGGAUGUGCUUGGUGAACUCCAGUUUGCUUUUGUAUGCUUCCUGUUGGGCAACGUGUAUGAGGCAUUUGAGCACUGGAAGCAGCUCCUAAACCUCCUGUGCCGGUCAGAAGCAGCCAUGGUGAAGCAGCACAGCCUCUACGUCAACCUCAUCUCUGUUCUGUACCACCAGCUCGGUGAGAUCCCCCCCGACUUCUUUGUGGACAUUGUCUCCCAGAACAACUUCCUUACCAGCACCUUGCAGGUGGAUGGAGCACAUAAUUCCUGUGGCGGAGUAAAUGGAUGGCCCUAAUCCGAUGGGUUUGAACAGUGAAGUCUGAUCAAAAGGCAUUAAUUAGGAGCACCAAAGAGGGAGUGUUUCAUUCUGACUGGGGUUGAGAUUUGAGGGACUAGAGGGUCAACAGUGGCUUUAUGUGAAGGGCGCACUUGACCAUGAGCUUGAGAGAUGACUGGGAUUUUAAUAGGCAUAAUGUGGAAAAGGAUGUUACAAAACUUCUUUAUUUUAAUGGAGAGUCACGUUGGUCCCAUCUUGGCAGUGAAAAUCCGAUCUCACAUACGGAGGUGCUCACUCAGAGUGUUUGCGAGUGAAUGAAUCAGUCCGUAAAAGCCUUCCUCAGCCAGCUGCCUGCUCUCCCCCCAUGUAGUCAAGUAAGUGGAAUUGGCUUGCUUUCUUACUUAGGAGCUUAAAUGGCUACUCACCCAUGGAGAGGGACCAAUGUUUGUAUGUGUAAGCACUUAAAGACAGCCCCAUUAAUGGCCUCUGCCAUUAAUUUUUUUCAGCUUUCCCACGUGAACCCCUUUUGAAUAGAUGCCGCUGGUUUUUACAAAUCCCUUGGAUUUACCUUGAAUAAAAAUUACUUGUUUUACAAAAAUAGUUUUUUUUCUCCCCUAAAGCAACCUAAGUCAUCAUAAUUUGUUUAAAACCACUGAAAGGAUAAUCUGAAUUUAAUGGUGUGUUAGAAAAUGCGUUAUGUACAAAGUAAGGAUUCUUAUUUCUGAGUGCAUGUAGCAUUUAGGCGUAUAGUCACAGAAAUUUUUUUUUUCUUUUUUAAAUCAUUUUGUCACAGUAGGCCAUGUAUGAUUUCGAGCUUCAUUUCUUGCCAGUAUUUUACAUGCUAGUGUCUAUCUUUAACUCUUUAGGGAAACCAUUGACUCUGACAAUGAUCUGUAUGGUAUUUAAAUAUAACAUCAGCUGUGAUAAAUUUUACCUACUUAUUGCUACACCUCCCGCCAUCCGUUGUCACUUUUGUGCACUUGCUGUACAUUGCCUCAUUUAGCCCUCACAACAAUGCGAGAAGUUCUUAGGUAUAUAAUCCUACUUUACAGGUGAGGCACAGGAUCAGAGUGGUCACAUAAUUUUGCCCAAGAUUACAGAGCUAGUGGGUGGCAAGGCUGAGCUUUGAAUUAUAAAGGCUGUGGUGGGCUACCGUAUGAUUAGAGCCCUUGGCAAAACAUCCCAAAUUCUUUAAACCAGCCUCAGAAGAGAUAGUUCCUAGUGCUUUUCACUUUCCUGGUCAUCCCUGUGAAGUGAUAGUCUUGUUUCUAAUACCAUUUCUUCUUCUGCAAAUAGAAAUAAAAUGUUCUACCUCUGGUUAGGUUCAUUCUAAGUUGAUAAUCAUUUGGGAAUUGAAAAACGAGAAAAUUUCAUCUUGUUGGUCUAGUCAAAAAGAAAAAGGAUAAAAUAGUGACCUAGCUAUCUACCUUGAUAUUUUGAAUUUCUCAAGCUGACCUGACUAAACUCAAUUUAUUUAACUUGGGUUACAAAAAAAAAAAAAGCCUUCACACUUAUGAUUAAUCUUCAGUUUAAAUAAUAUACAGACUUAAUGGUUAAAGUAUUAAUAAUUUUUUUUGUACUUGAAAAAUACUCAGUGGGUAUGCUUUUUGUUUUAGACCAGUGUAGUUGUUUGCAAAAUGUUAACAUCUUAAAAAAAAAAUUUUUUUUUUAAUUUUUAUUGUGCUUUAAGUGAAAGUUUACAAAGUAAGUCAAUCUCUCACACAAAAGCUUACAUACACCUUGCUACAUACUCCUAAUUGCUCUCCCCCUAAUGAGACAGACCACUCCCUCCCUCCACUCUUUCUUUUCGUGUCCAUUUCGCCAGCUUCUAACCCCCUCUACGCUCUCAUCUCCCCUCCAGGGAGGAGAUGCCAACAUAGUCUCAAGUGUCCACCUGAUCCAGGAAGCUCACUCCUCACCAGUAUCCCUCUCCAACCCAUUGUCCAGUCCAAUCCCUGUCUGAAGAAUAUGCUUUGGGAAUGGUUCCUGUCCUGGGCCAACAGAAGGUCUGGGGGCCAUGCCCACCGGGGUCCUUCUAGUCUCAGUCAGACCGUUAAGUCUGGUCUUUUUACAAGAAUUUGGCAUCUGCAUCCCACUGGUCUCCUGCUCCCUCAGGGGUUCUCUGUUGUGUUCCCUGUCAGGGCAGUCAUCGGUUAUAGCUGGGCACCAUCUAGUUCUUCUGGUCUCAGGCUGAUGUAGUCUCUGGUUUAUAAAAGUAUUUUUAAAAUAUUCAGGAUUCAUCUGCUGAUGUUAUGAUAAUUCAUUUCUCGGUGUUAAAAAGUGUUAAAUUGAUUUCGCUUUAGUAAAUAAAAUGACCAGAUCAUUAUUAAGUUUUCUGAAGAAGGUAUAACAUUAAUCUGAAAUCAAGAGAAUCCAAGUAAAUUAUUGCUUGAAAUCUAGGUACUAUCUGAAUAGCUUCUUUUCUGAAUUGCGAGGAAUUUUUUAAAAUAUUGAGUUUGUAAAACUAUAGAGUGGAAACUAGAUCCAUAGAUGCCAAGGGUAGGAAUAAGGAUAGGGUUUGACUGACUACAGGGCAACAUAAGGGAAUUUUUUUGGGUGAUGAAACUAUUCAGUCUCCUGAUUGUGGUGAUGGUUAUGUAAGUCCUUAAAAUUCAUAGACCUGUAUACCCAAAAAAAAUAUUAUCAGAUAUAUAGGUAUAUAUAUCUUGGAUUAUGGUGGUGGUUGCAUGGGUAUGUACAUUUGUCAAAAUGAACAAAUUCAAUUGAAACGAGGAAAUUUAGUUUUAUGUAAAUUAUACCUCAAUAAAGUUGGGUUUUUUUUGUUUUUUUUUUUUUGUUUUUAAAGUCAACCCUGUGUCUCUGAGGCUUGCAGCAGGGACAGUUCCAGAAGCACCUGGCCACCAAGCCCUUUGAACCCCCACAGUAACUAGAAUGUAUUAAGUCUAUGUCAACACAAAAAGAAGGUUCUCUUGAUAGAAAAAAGGGGCAUAAGAUUUCUCUACUUGGACUGGAUCUCACUCGGCAUUUGUGGCCACCUGGUGUGGCACGCCCAGCAUGUCCUCAGCUGUAUGAUCAGAUCCAUAAUGCCCUGUCCUUCCACCUACCUGGUUUGUAGUAAAGAUUAAAUCAGUAAGUGCUCUAAAAAGUAUGAAGCAUUUUUCAAAUGAGAAGCCUUGUUUUUUAGACAGAGGCUUCUGUCGUACCUGCCUUAGUUCAUUUUACUCCCAGGCAGUGUUUGCAGGUGAGGUGGGGAGGAUGGGUGAUGAGUGUAAGCCCAGCUUGUUGCAGCCUCCCCCUGCUGGCCAUUGCCAAAUACAGGUCAGUCCUUCUGUCUCAUUCAUAUCUACUCAGUGAGCAUCGUAUGGGCCCUCACUCAGUGCCAGGCCGUAGGAGAUCAGCUGUGUGGGAUACAUCGACAAUCAAGAUGCUUUCCCUACUCGCCGGGUCCCUGUGCGGGAAGCAUGGGAUAAUCAGUGCCUUAAGGGGCUCAGUCACAGUGCUAGGGGUACACAGAGGUUGGAGCAGUUCAUUUCAGCUUGGGCUUUUAUAAGAGGCUUGUCACAAGGAUGCAGCUUGUGAGCUGGUGGCAUUUCAGAGGCCUGGUAAAUAAGUCCCAUAUUCUGUCCAACACCAUCAUGUAGUUAUUGAGCAACUACUUUUUGCCAGGCGCUGUGCAAAAGUGAACCAAAAAUGAAUUUUCAUAGAAUCUGUGGUCUUCAUUCUUUCAGUCAUUAAACAUCUAAUAAGUGCUUUUUAACCAUCAGACUCUGUGCCAGGAGAGUGAAAUGCAGGUAAGAAAGAGUCACUGCUUUGGAGUUGAUCCCGGUCUUUCGGGAGAGAUCACUGGUAAAUGGACUGUUUGUGAGAUUGAGGCUAUGAUUGAGGUAGCCUUGGGUGCUGAGGGAGCACAGAGGAGCACCUCUUCUACCUAGUUACCUAGGUGAAGGAGGAGAAAGCAGAGGAUGGAAGGGUGUUAUAAGAAGAGGGCAAAGCAUGUGUGCAUAGAGGCACUGAAGGGGACAGUAGAGCAUGUCUGGGUCACUACUCAAUGUGGCUGGAGAGGAAGGACUGUGUAGAGUGUAGUAUAAUUUACUGUGUAAGGAGGGUAACAGGAAGACACUUGUGCUAAGUCAGCCCACUAAUGCCUCUGGGGACAGACCCAUGGGUGUGCAGGGCCUCCAGAGCUAAUGCUGUUUGAGACCAAGGCUUCUCUGCUUCCCGUAACAGGCCCCUCCCCUGAGUUCAGCUAUGCUCCAGAUUCAGCACACUUGGGCAGGCUCCGUUAGCUGCCUACAAACAGGCCACCGGCUCUCCCCAUUGCCUUUUUGCCACCAAGGUCACACAGCCCUUCUAAUUAGUUAUUGAUCUGACAUUUUGUUACGGCUACGCUUCUUGCUCCUGCAUUUAAUCAGUUUCCAAGUUAAUGAAGCCAAAUUCUGUACCUCCCGCUCUGCCCCAGCUACUCCUCCAACAAAAU